AUGAAUAAUUUGCAUAAUUAGAAAAAAAAGAGAAUUCAUGAGGUAAAUUAUGCAUUAAGAGUCAUUAAUUCAGCCAAACCAGAUAUUCAAAAUAUUAAACUAAAUGAAAAUUUAUUUUAAGCUCAAUAAAUGGCUCAACAUUCAAAAACAUUAAUUAAAGAUAUAUAGAAAGAUGUUAGAUUAACCUUAAAGAAAUAUGAUUCUUAUGUUAAGAUGAGUGAAUCUAAUAGAAAAAUGACUGAUAAAUAAGUUAGUGAAUCCACUAGAAGAUAUUAAAGUGAAAGUCCACGUAAAGAAUAAGAAUCAACAGAAAAAGAAUUAGAGACUUUAAGAUAAUAACAAAGAAUUCUAAUGACAUUGCUUAACAAUUUAUAAUAAUAAGAAAAGUUAAUAGUUUCAUAAACAUCUCCUAUAUCUCAUCAAAAACCAUAAUCUAUAAUUGAUAAAGAAUGGUUUGAAUAGAAAACAAAAUAAUUAUAGUAAAUUUAAAAAAAAUAAGCAUAAAUAGAAAAUUCAUCAUCAAAAAAAUUAGAGAAGAGCGAUGUUAUUUAAAUUGAUUUAAGUAAAGUUAAAAGAUCUCCUAAUAGUAAAUCUAGUUCUGCUCAGCAUUUUUUUAGUCCAAAUAAAAAUCCAAUAAAGAAUUCUGUUACAUAUUUUUAAAAUUCAACUACAAGUUAUGCAAACUUGCACAGAAAAGAAUCUAAUUCACCUUAAAAAUGGGGUUAAUAUGGUGUGAUAAAUUCAUAAAAACCAGAAAAAAACUUAAUAGUUAGUAAGAGGAAUGAAUAAUGGAAAUAAAGAGUUGAUAAUAAGAUAAGAAAUGAAUUUAUAAAAAAAUAAGAAAAAGAGAUAAAAGCAUGCACAUUCAAGCCUAAGAUUUUGUCUAAGGCUGCGAAGAGCAAUCGUAAUAGUAAGGAAACUUCAACUGAUUUUAAUGAGAUUAUGUUUUUAAUUGAUGAUAUCAAUGAAUUUAAUGAUAAAUUAAAAAAAUCAACGAUUAAAAAAUGA